AUGUACAAUUUCAACAUCACUAAUAAGCUCCCAAACAAUUCGACCCCUUUAGGAGUUGACUGCCAUACGGCCGGAGAAGACCUCGGAAAGAAGCUUCUCUACGCGACCGAAAAUUUCCAUUGGGAGUUCAUGAUGUUCUCUUGGCAAUCCCUAGCGUACUUUUGUGACUUUUGGUGGCUUGAGAAGAAGAAGAGCUUGCUAGUUUUCCACCAUGAUGUGGCUUUCAAGUAUUGCAUCAACAGUGGUUUCUUUGGUUUUGUAAAUGAGUGCCGUUGGUAUGUAAAAGAGGAUGGUUUUUAUGUUGAUACUGGAAUCAUCAUAAAUGGACUCCCUGAAAAAAUUGCAAGUUGGUGA